AUGGUUAACAAGUCCCUGCGGUGCGCGAGCAAGGCCGCCGAGAGCGCGUCCGCACGUCUCUGUGCGGACGCCGAAGCAGAAACCACAGCAACUGAUUUCUCAUCGGUUGCUGAAGCGACUCACCCUGUGUCACCUGGUGAUGCAGGCGCACGUCAUGAAGACACUCAUGUCUUCACAGAGUACGAGCUCGGUGUCUCAUGCUCUCCCGAUACGGAAGACGGAUCCGUAACGAAGUUGGUUAAAACCAAGCCGCCUUCCAAGCGUGGCAUGGAUGCUACGCGUCGUAGCAUCUUUAAUUCAUCUGACGAAUCAGAUGAACCAUCCCAAAAGCGAAGGCGCUCGAGGUCGCAAGACUCGGCCGCUUACAGUGGUGUCGGUUCUCCUAUUGACACCACUUCGCAGCUAGGUACCAGAACUUCUGUCGGCACGUCGCAAGAAGAGCGGGACCGCAGUGUGUUGCGUCUCGCUCCCGAGAAGAAGAUAUGGAUGCCUCCAAAAUCAUGA